AUGCAUAAUCGUUCACUCUUUCAACAAAAAUGGCAAGCAAAAAGGGAAACACGCGGUUAUCAUGGUGCUCAAAUGAACGAGAGACAGUUUAAGAGGAUAUUUGAACCACGUUUACCAACAACAAAUAUCCGUUUGGAUAAUAAAGUGACUACUGAAAGCAAACAUCCUCAUAUAGCAGUUUUAACUUAUGCAAGUUUAGAGAGAAGAUUAGAUUUUAUUAUAUUUAGAAGUUGUUUUGCUAAUAGUAUUUGGGCAGCCAGACAAUUGGUGGUUCAUGGUAAAGUUACUGUUAAUGGGAAAAAGAUAUGUGCUCCAUCGCAUCUAGCUUCUGAUGGAGAUGUUAUCUCUGUUGACCCAUCUUCUAUAAUCCUUCUCACCGAACCUAUGACACCGAAUGGCCUUACUUUCAAGCCCAUGCCUUACAUGCAACCUUUUUUAUUUAUACCAGAGUAUUUGGAAGUCAAUUUUAAUACGUGUUCUGUUGUAUUUUUGCGCGAUCCUAUCUCGAGACCUGGAAGGAGUGAGAUUCCAUCACCGUUUCCACCAGAGUACCAUUCCUUAGCUCACGAGUAUUAUACACAAAUAAUUAAGAAAAAGAAGGGUAGACGACAAAGGCGCCUGGUUCCUAUUGAGGAUAGAUUCAAGAUUAAGUUUGAUUGA